AUGGCGUUCCAAGCCCAAGAGACUCACUCAAAGGCCGACGAGAAACCGUUCAUCAAGCAAUACAAGCUCUUCCAUGCAUCUUUCGCUCAGUUCUGCUAUACUGGUGCUCAAGUCGCCAUUGCGAGUUUCUUCAUCAACUACGCCGUCGAGUUGCGUCCCAACACGUCAGAAUCUGUAGGAGCAAAGCUCUUUGCCGGUGCGCAAGCAGCCUUCACAGUUGGUCGAUUUUUUGGAACAUUUCUCAUGAAGUUCAUCAAGCCCAGAAAGGUGUUUCUGGUGUUCCUGACCAUGUGUAUCGUCUUCAUCGGCCCGCCUAUUGUUCAUCACGGUAACGCCGGUAUCGCAUGUCUCUACAUCGUUCUCUUUUUCGAGUCCAUCUGUUUCCCUACUAUUGUGGCGCUAGGUAUGAGAGGUCUUGGACGACACACCAAGAGAGGUAGUGGUUUCAUCAUUGCUGGUGUUAUCGGCGGUGCUUGUGUUCCUCCUCUGACAGGAGCUGUGGCUGAUAUGCAUGAUAUGGGAAUCUCCAUGGUUGUUCCCAUGAUCUUUUUCGUGGUGGCUUUGUCGUAUCCCAUUGCCGUCAACUUUGUUCCCGCUUACAAGAACGUUGUGGAUGUCUUUUACGAGGCGGAUAUUGGUAUUGGCGAUCGAACUAUCGACGAGGAGAAGAUUCAAGGUGGGCACGUCGAAGAGAAGGGCGAAUUGCCAGCUGCUCGUUAA